AUGAAAUAAAUUUUAAAUUAUUUGCUAUUGCAGCUGAAUGGACUCAUUCCGAUGAACCGUUUGCAAUUGGACUCAAGUCUAAUCGUGUUUGACUAUUUCCUGAUGUGCAUAAUGCCGGUUCUGUAUUUGGCUUGUUACUUCAUGGUCACUCUGGGAACGUAUGGCAUUUACCAGCUUUCGACCUGCGAUAGCAUUUGUCGCUUAGGCAACAAAUUAUUCACACAUCUCGGCUGUUUUCUUUAUCUGAGCAUAUUUUUUCUGACACUUCUACGUCGGAAGAGUUUCUUCGUCAGCUUCGAGCAGCGUUUACAGGAAAUUGACAACAUCAUCAGCAAAUGUACGAAAGUGGCUGAUGACAAAAUGAAAUUGCCUCCCAGUAAAAAUAUUUACUACUUCACCUGGUUGUUGGUCGUUGGUAUCUUUGGCUUUGCCAUGUUCUAUGAUGUGAAAAAAAUGAUUGCGUACUACGAGGAAUAUUUUCUCAUCACGGCUAUGGUUACUACGUUUCCAUAUUUGGCUGGCAGCAUUGUGCAGGGCCAAUUCAUACACUAUGUGUCCGUUAUAUCCGAUCGCUUCACUGAAAUAAAUGGGCUUUUCGAGAAAAUUAAUCAGGAAUGCGAUAAGAAGAAAGCACCUAUAGCAGUUUAUGAUAUAGAAAGCAACGGUAAAAUAAAUAGUAAUAAGCCUAAGGGUCCAUUGAUCGUAAGCGAUUUGAUGAAAGAGAAAAACGAACUCGAUACUGAUUCUAGUGAUGAAGAUGAUGCCGAUUUAAGUGUUACUAAACGCGCUUCCGACGGGUGAGUAGAUGGCUUGCUACAAGAUUGUGCAAAUAUUUUUUAUUAAACGCUCGAAAAUUACAGCAUUACAUCGGAGACUAAUUUACCUGAUCUUUUCAAAUUGCACGAUAAAAUACUUUCUUUAAGUGUCAUCACCAAUGCAGAGUACGGGGCUCAGUGUGUACCCUACAUGGCGGUCUGCUUUGUGAUCACUAUUUUUGGAAUAUUUCUUGAAACUAAAGUGAUUGUAAUCGUGGGCGGCAAGAGUACCUUGUUGGACCACGUUUCGCAUAUGUAUGUCAUUUGGAGUUUAACCACCAUGGUGGUUGGCUAUUUAGUGCUACGUUUGUGUUGUAAUGCCAAUGGACACUCUAAGCAAUCUGCUAUGAUUGUACACGAAAUUAUGCAAAAGAAACCGGCCUUUAUGCUUGGCAAUGAUUUAUACUACAACAAAAUGAAGUCCUUCACGUUGCAGUUUUUGCAUUGGGAAGGAUUUUUCCAUUUUAAUGGGAUUGGACUUUUUGCACUUGACUACACAUUCAUAUUUUCGACUGUCAGCGCGGCUACAUCGUAUCUAAUCGUGCUACUGCAGUUCGACAUGAGCACCAUUCUUAAGCAGGAGGGUUUGGCAUAAGAGCCAAACAUGCAUGCAUAUAUGCACGAAUAUGAAUUCUUUCUUUUGAAGCUAAAAAAAUCACAAAAUUUGUUUAAUCUUUAAUUACUUGGAG